AUUUAAUGAAUUUCUAAGAUGAUGAAAGUGAUAAUCCCUGAAGACAAUGAUAUUAAAAAUAACAAGUUGAUGAUGAUUCAAAAAGGAAAGAUACUUGGAACCUAAUCCAAAUCUAUAAUCUAUAUAUAACUUAAAAGAUGACCUAGAAGGAAAAACAAGAACCUAACUAACUGAUGCAUGAUUUUAUUAUCCACUAAACUAUUUGUGUUCGUCAGCUUUUUGGACAUUUCCCAAUUUGGGUAAACUCAUGACUUUACUAUUUAAGUAAAGCCAAAGCACGCUUACAAGUUCAAAGCACAAACUUAGAAAGGAUUCAAUUAAGUAAUAACACAAAGAAAGAGAAGAAGAAAGAAAGAAAGAAAAAUGGAUUUUAAGAAGGAAGAAACACUUCGUAGAGGGCCAUGGCUUGAAGAAGAAGACGAACGGCUAGUGAAGUUCAUAACCCUUUUGGGAGAACGUCGUUGGGAUUCUUUAGCAAUAGUUUCCGGUUUGAAGAGGAGUGGUAAGAGUUGCAGGCUAAGGUGGAUGAACUAUCUGAAUCCGAGUCUGAAGCGUGGGCCGAUGAGUCAAGAAGAAGAGAGAAUCAUCUUUCAGCUCCAUGCUCUCUGGGGUAACAAGUGGUCGAAGAUUGCGAGAAGAUUACCCGGUAGGACUGAUAACGAGAUUAAGAACUUUUGGAGAACUCAUUCUAGAAAGAAAGAGGAAGCUCAAAACUAUGAUAAGGUCAUUGAGUUCAGAGGAAAAACAGGAGAAGAAUUGUUGCACAAGUAUAAGGAAACAGAGAUCACUAGGACAAGGACAACGUCUCAAGAACAUGGUUUUGAUGAAGUUGUGAGCAUGGAAAGUGCUAAAGAAACCAAUUGUGGUAUUUGUGGAAGACAAAGCUACGGUGUUAUGAAUUCACCGUAUGAAAAUCGGAUUUCGGAUUGGAUAUCAGAGAUUUCGCCAGACCAGAGUGAAGCAAAUCUUUCAGAAGACCACAGCAGCAGUAGCAGUGAGAACAACAUUAACAUUGGUACUUGGUGGUUUCAAGAGACUAGGGACUUUGAGGAGUUUUCAUGUUCUCUAUGGUCAUAAUUCUUAAGUUUGUUUAUUUACUUUUUAA